AUGAAUGAUCCACCCGCAUCAUUUCGCCCGAUCGUCCCAGGCGCUGUGCCGACCUCGCCGACAUCAGAUAGUCCCCCCAAGGUAAGCCAAGGGUCGCCACCGAGCCCAUGGAAGAAACGAGUCUCGACGGCAUGUUUGGCAUGCAAGAAGUCCAAGCGCAAGUGCUCCGGCGUGCCCCCCUGCGACAACUGCCGCGCCUUCAAGCGCGUCUGCAUCUUCGACGAAUCGCUCGACCAGCGCCGGCGCGUCGCGCAGAAACGCACGGCCGAGGAACUGAAUUUCCACCGGGACAUGCUGAACGAUCUCUUCCGGGUGGUGCGGUCCGCGGACGAGACGCACGCGCUCAAGCUGCUGGAGAUCAUCCGCAAGAACGCGACGGCGGAGGAGAUCCGCGCGUUCAUCGACGAGACACUCCUCCGGAUGGAGGGGCCCGAUGCGGAGGGCACAAGCAGCGGCGGCGGCGCCGCGGAGGCGGUGCAGAAGCUCGAGGAGGUGCGGCGGACCAUCGACGUCGAGGGCGCGGGCCCGUCGUUCCGGCGCAAGGUCAUGGACAUCCAUUAUCUGUGUGACGAGGCGCCGUGCAGUGUGCCUGCGAAGCCGUGGACGAGCGUCACCGAGGAUGCGGAUCUCGUCUCGCAUCUGGUCUCGCUGUAUUUCACGUGGGACUAUCCGUUCCAUGCGUUUCUGGACCGGGAUGUCUUCCUGGCGCAUAUGGCGCGUGGGCGGCCGGACUCGGACUUUUGUAGUCCGUUUCUGGUGAAUGCGUUGUUGGCGAAUGCUUGUCAUUUCUCCGAGUUCUCCGAGGCGUACGUCGUGCCGGGCGACUUGGUGACCAAGGGCGCGGAUUUCUUGUCGGAAGCGGAGCGUCUGAGAGAGGAGGAUACGGGGAAACUCAGCCUGGCGUAUCUUCAGGGGACGUUGCUGUUGUAUGAGAGAUACUCCAUCUCCGGGAACGACGACCUCGGAUACAUCAUGCUGCAUCAGGCCAUCCGAGCCGGCGAGUCUCUUGGUCUCUUUGGUCCUAAAUGCUUGAAGUUCGACCCGACCACGCCGGAGAUGGAUGUCUCCAUCAAGCGGACUGCUUGGGGGUUGUUUCAUAUCGACACGGUGGUGCAUACGGGUUUCCUCAGGCCGAGUCUUAUAGACAAAGUCAACGUGGACCGGAUAGGGAGAGUGGACGACAAAGCCAGCCUGUGGACGCCGUAUCCGUCUCACCGAGCGGCACGACCAGCCUACCUCAACCAGUAUUUUGACGAGUCGUGCAAUCUCUGCGAGAUCGCGCGCGACAUCUCCAGGGUCUUGUUCGCCGACGACCAGAGCAAUGCGUCGGCAGCGUAUCGGCGCCAGACAAAGGACGACCUGUACGAGCGGCUGCGUCGGUGGCAUAACGCGUUACCGGACGUCUUUGAUCCCGGACGACGGCCACCGCCGCAUGUCAUCCUGCUGAGGAUGCGAUACUUUACCCUGGUGAUCAAUCUGUUCUCGUGCAGUUCCGAAGAUGACACCUCGAGCGCCGCUUCGGAUGCGCCCAAGACCCCCGAGAGCCCGCCGCGACAGAGCCCGAUCAGCAAAUACAACGCCUGGGAGAUCACGCAGUCGGCCGCCCGCGGCAUCUCCUCUCUGACGCGGCUGCAUCGGCGCGAGUACGGCAUGAGCCGGGCGCAUCACUUCGCCAUGUACGCGAUAAAUCUGGCCUUGUUCGCGAUGCUGGAGCAGGAGUCCUUCGAUGUUCUGGACUCGGACUUUCUGUCGCUCGCCAGCUCCUUUUCGAUCGUUGCCAGUCGGUCGUAUCUCGGUCGGAGCCUGUUUCAUCUUUUCCGACAGUCGGUCCGGGCCAAGUCGCAGGGCAGUCGGAUUCGCCAGUCGAGUACGGUCUCGGACGAGCUCAAGAAUCUCUUUGAUGAGGAGGCGCCGAUGACGGAGCAGACGCGGUGGAACGAGUACGCCGAGGGGCUGCAGAAGCUGAACGAGGAUGAGCGGUACCAUGGGGCGGGCGAGGGGGAACAUGGGCUACAGGAUUAUCCGGGACUGGGACUCUUCGAUAUGCUGGAUCGCUACGAGAGCCUGAGUUUAGGCAAGGAUGAGAUCGUCCCUGAGCGACGCAAACCGAGUACUUCUCCGCCCUUUGACGUCAAAGGACGAUCAUCCCGAGUGUGUGUUCUGUGGAUGACCCACCACGCGAGCUGUGGCGACGCUCUUAUGAGUUCAUCCUCCUCUGCGCGACAUUCGACUAGUAGUACUCGCGAGAAUCUCGCUAUUCUUUUCAGAUUGUCCGAAACAAGCGACCUCUCCCUGAAUACAUUACAUAUCCAUGUCCUCAUCGAUGUAUCCGCCAUGGAAGACCUUCCCGACAUCUAUCCCACUGUCGAACUGAACCACAACGAGAGCAACGGCGUCAGCUUUGAACCCGACCAGCUCGCUCCGAAUGGACUCUCAUCCGGUUUACACUGGCACGGGUUGCCCUUGAGCCCUGGCACACCGCAAUCUGGCUACUAUCUGUCCUACAAUCUCAACCAUUACGACACGCCACAUCCUUAUCCGCACCAGUCCUCCACCUCGUCGUCCGGGAGGGACGCUCCGGGCGCAGCUGUAGCCAAGGUAGCUAUCCCGCGAGCUGCGCCGUACAGCAUCCAUUCCCAGCGUCGCCGGUCGGCGCGAGCCUGCGAGCCUUGCAGACAGCGCAAGAUCAAGUGCGACGGCAAUAAGCCUAUCUGCAAACAAUGCCACGAGCACAAUGUCACCUGUUCCUAUCUGGAUGUGAAGCGGGUGCGCGAUCAGAAACAGUUGGAGGUUUUGUCGAAGCGAGUCGACCGGUAUGAGAGGUUACUGCGGGAUUUGGAGACGGAGGUGGACGCGAACGCUGCGCGACGGAUUCGGAGGACUUUGAAGACUUCCAGCCAGCAAGGAUCAGGCGACAACGACAAUGACGGCGCGGUAUCGGACAGUUCCAGCUCGUCCGUCGGGUCGCUCAACGCAAUCGAUCUGGUCGAAGAGGAUCUGAACCGAAGCCACAAGACGCGAGCGACAGGGUACUUUGGGAAAAACUCCGAGGUGUCCUGGAUGCAGAAGCUGGAGGACGAGGCCGAGAAUCGCAGUCGCAUGUUCGACGACUCCGAGACCCAGAGUGCCGAAGAGCAGCCCCCGCCGCAGCAGAAGAACGAUGUCCCCAUCGCGACGAUGAGCUACCACCUCGAUGAUCUGAGCAUCCCGCUCAUGGACGAUGUCGACCCCUAUGCCUUACCGCCGAAGGAGCUGGCGGACCGGUUCUUCGCGGCGUACAUGGACUCGGUGCAUCCGGCGUUCGAGGUGAUUCGGAAGACCAUUUUUGUGAAUCAGUACCGGCAGUUCUUCAGUCAACCGUCCAAGCCUCCGCGCCGAUGGCUGGCCAUCUUGAACAUGAUCUUUGCCUUGGGUUGCCGGUAUUGCCACUUGCUGAAUCAUGGAGUGGGCGUUGCCGGCGACGAGGACUGGGACGACAUCAUCUACUUCAACCGCGCGCGGAAACUGUGUCUGGGCGAGAGUGUGCUUUUCGAACAUACAGAUCUGCAGCAGAUCCAGGUGGAGAUACUGGUGGCUCUAUAUCUGCUGACCUUGGGACAAAUCAACCG